GACCCUAGAUCGGGGACCCGGCGGCGGCUCCGCGGGGAAGCAGCGAGGCUGGCGCAGCGCCGAGGCCGGGGCCCUGGGGGCCCGCAGUCCGCGCCACGGAAUCCCCGAGGUAAUGUAGGGGUGGGGAAGUGAGCUACGCUCGGCCCCCUAAGAGUGAGGGUCUGGGAAUCUGAACUUCAGGCCCUGAAGGACGGAGCUGGAGCAUCAAGUCCUAGGUCCUGAGAGUGAGGGUACCCGGUAUUUGGAGGGGCCCGGGGAUCCGGAAUCCUGAGUCCCGGGAGUGAAUGGGCUGGGAGUUCGGAAAGAACGGGCUGGCGGCCCGGACUCCUAGCUCUAGAAAGAGCGGAUUGAGUCCGUGGGGGCGUGGUUGUUUGAAAUCUGCCCCUGGUCUCUGUGGGGGCGGUCCGGUGCCUGGCCGCAGGGGUCCCUGCUGGCCUUGACCUUGUCCCCGCCCUGGGAUUUCCCGAGUCGCCACCCGUCCCGGGUACCCGGCCUAAGCAGGAAUUCCCCGCGUGCGGGGAUUCCACGAGCACCACGCUUGGCCGCGCGCCCCGCCUCCGAGCCGGACACCUGAGGCGCACCACCCGGAGAGGAAGGGGUAGAUGGAAGAUUCCCUUGGGUGAGCGCCGUGACGUCAGCGCGUCGCGUCUGGGCAGUUUCCGAGACGGCCCUCCCCCGCUUAACCCUUCCUCCGCCGGAACCCGGGCUCGGAAGGGUGAGGGUUGAGGGCUCGGACGUGCGAACGAAGCGAUUGGAAACUGGGACUCCCAGGUCCUGGGGAGGAGGAGGUUGAGGGCCCGGACUCCUGCACUCCUGCGGGAUGGGGCUGGACUCCUGUGCUUGAAGGGAUGGCCGAGUUUGGAUCUCCCAAGCCCCAAUCAGCUACGGGCCUAUUGAUUCCUCGGGAAGAGGGGCUGGGACUCUAAUCCCUGGUUUCCCGUGGAAAGAGUUUCAGAUCAGCUUCUAGGGCAGAGAGAAGUGAGCCGGAGUGAACGCAGCCACUGCCCAUCACAGACCGUGAAGAAGCUCCUGGAAGAACAGAGGCGCCGCCAGCAGCAGUCUGACGCUGGUGGGGUACCGGGACAGUUCCCGCUGCCUCUGGCCCAGCCCCUGACCCCAUCUGUGAAUGAGGGUGAGGCUGGAACCCUUGGAGACCCGGCUUUAUACAGAACCUUCCCUGCCACAGGCAGGAUCCUGGAGAGGUUCUGGACUCCCGGCAGGACCCCCACAGUUGACUCCUGUGGUCCCUGGACCAACCCUGGAAACAGCCCGUGCUCACAUGCUGGCUUUGGGGCUACAACAGCUACUGGCCCAGGAUGAGGAGGGAGACACGCUCCUGCACCUGUUUGCUGCUCGAGGGCUGCGCUGGGCGGCGUAUGCUGCAGCUGAGAUGCUCCAAGUGUACAGACAUCUGGACAUUCGUGAGCAUAAGGGCAAGACCCCUCUCCUGGUGGCUGCCGCUGCCAAUCAGCCCCUGAUUGUAGAGGAUCUCCUGAACCUGGGAGCGGAGCCCAAUGCCACUGACCAUCAGGGACGUUCUGUUUUGCAUGUGGCCGCUACCUAUGGGCUUCCAGGAGUCCUCUCGGCUGUGUUUAACUCAGGGGUUCAGGUUGACCUAGAAGCCAGAGACUUUGAGGGCCUCACCCCGCUCCACACAGCCAUCCUGGCCUUCAAUGUUGCUAUGCAUCCACCUGACCUAUGUCCCCGGGUGCUAAGUACCCAGGCCCGAGACAGGUUGGCUUGUGUCCAAAUGCUGCUGCACAUGGGUGCUGAUCACACCAGCCAGGAAAUCAAGAGCAACAAGACAGUUCUGCAUUUGGCCGUGCAGGCUGCCAACUCAACCCUGGUUCAGCUGCUGCUGGAGCUGCCCCGGGGAGAUCUGAGGGCCUUUGUCAAUAUGAAGGCCCAUGGGAACACAGCCCUCCACAUGGCAGCUGCCCUGCCCCCUGGACCGUCCCAGGAGGCCAUUGUGCAGCGCCUGCUGGCAGCUGGGGCAGAUCCAACACUGCGCAACCUGGAGAAUGAGCAGCCUGUCCACCUGCUGCGGCCCGGGCCGGGCCCUGAGGGGCUCCGGCAACUGUUGAAGAGGAGCCGUGUGGCACCCCCAGGCCUGUCCUCUUAGGACUCAAAUCCAGAACCUGGACUGAUUUUCCAGUCCCCACCGUCCUGUGGGACAGCCAGCGUAUGCUAAUAUUGCAAAUCCAUGAUAAUAUAUGUGGAAUGUCCUGCCAUUGGGGUCUUACAUUAAAACCCCAAAAUGGCCACUGGGGGGUAAACAGUCCCCAAUAUUUGGGGUGGUGCGAUACCCCUUCCCCACCUACAAGGAGCCCCCUUGAUGAUUUCUGUGAAAUUGAGGCCCCUUGAUUGUUUCUGUGAAACACCCUGGACCCUUUCCCCUCUGGGAAUUUUGGGAUCCCCUCCCUUAACUGAGCUCUUCACACCUGGAACUCCAGAUGUGAUUCCUCUAUAUGGCACUUGGGGCAACCCAAAACAGCUCCCAAUGUCAUCCCAGUAGAGCUCCUAAGAUGACCCCUGACCCACACUCUUCAAGUCCUUAACCUGAGACCAGAGGGACUUGCCUAGAUUUGAGUCCCCAGGUCCUACUGCUUUCUAAUUCAGAACCCAACUGGGCCCAUGUCCCAGAUCUCAGCAUUUCCAGUGAAUUCCUCCCCUAUCUGAAACUCCCUAUUAAACUCAAUUUGG